UAUACAAGAUAUAUUGCAGUGACGCGUUAUCAAUCUUGUGAGUGCGCUCAUUGGUGUGUGUUUUAAGAUAAUAUAUUAAAAAGAAAAGCAGAAAAAUAAAACAUGUCUGGUCGCGGUAAAGGUGGUAAAGCUAAAGGCAAAGCUAAAUCACGCUCCAAUCGUGCCGGUUUGCAAUUUCCCGUUGGUCGUAUCCAUCGUUUACUGCGGAAAGGCAAUUACGCGGAACGGGUAGGUGCUGGGGCUCCUGUAUAUUUGGCGGCAGUUAUGGAGUAUUUGGCAGCCGAAGUUCUGGAAUUAGCUGGCAAUGCAGCUCGAGACAACAAGAAAACCAGAAUAAUCCCUCGUCAUUUGCAAUUGGCCAUUCGGAAUGAUGAAGAAUUGAACAAACUUUUGUCGGGUGUAACCAUUGCUCAAGGCGGCGUCUUACCAAAUAUACAGGCCGUAUUAUUGCCUAAGAAAACUGAAAAGAAGGCUUAAAUAUACAGCAGUAAAAACAUUUUUAAAACAAAGUCAUGAAAUCGCUCUAUUUUUUCUUUAAAAAAAGCAGAAUAUAAUAGGCAUUCCCAAGACGCCAUUAUUGAAAAAAAAAUAAAUUUCAUUUCUCUUGCUUAGGCAACA